UUUUCGAAACUUACUCACGUGACAUCAGUCCAAGUGAAGAUGUCAACAUCGACAACCGAGUACACUUGAAGUUAUUUGACUGAUGUUUUUAUCGUAUUGCUGGCAAUCGGAAGGGAAUGUCGAUGUUGACCACUGCUUGACUGUCACAUAAGAUAGGUAAGGUAUGUUGUUGUCUCAAUAAAUAGUCUGUGGAAUGCUAUCCAAGACAGCUACAACAGCUAGCUAGAGAUAGAUUCGUGUUGGCUUUGUGAGUAGCCCAGUUUAACGUUCACAAACAACUGCAGGUCCUGCAUUGCAAUGUAGCUAACAAGCUAGCUGGUAUUUAACCAGUAUUCUACAAGUUAGCGUCCAUCUCUAUACUGAUGGCUGGAUGUCACAAUGGCCAACCCACCCUUGUCAACAGCUUGGCCACUCUGCUUCGGAAUCAUGGUGCAUCUGUGCUGGACGGCAGCAGUACCCUGACUCUACAGGCAGACUCUCUGCAGCACCUAGGUCGUCUGUUUGAGCAGUACCUCCUCUCCAGGACUCACCAACAUGGCUUCCUGGCUCUGCCCUCACACCCUGCUGACACCAACUCCCUACUGCAGCUCCAGUUCCUGUUCGACGUGCUGCAGAAGACUGUCUCCCUCAAGCUCAUCAAUCCACCUGGGUCGAGGCUUCAGUCAGUGGUCAAGAUCUUUCCUUUCAAGUCUCUCAAGUCCUUAGAGUUGAAGCGUAUCCCCCCUCACUGUCUGGAGGACCUGAGGGGAGUCUACUCUCAGUUAGAGGUCUUCACCUGCUCUAAGAGCCUCAGUUCCCUAGAGGAGCUACUGUCUCUGUGUGGAGGAGACCUCAGCUCUGCACUGCCCUGGCUGGAGCUGCACACCCUCAACUUCAGCUACAACGCUAUAGUCUGCCUGGAUGAGUCACUGAGUUUACUGAAUGUUCUGAAGUCUCUGGAUCUUAGUCACAAUAAAAUCCAGGAGUGUGCUGACUUUCUCAAGCCUCUGAGUGAGCUAGAGCACCUCAACCUGGGCUAUAACAAUCUCCAGAGAGCACCAACGCUGGGCUUGAGCUCCAGAGCCAAACUCCUCACUCUCAUCCUCAGAAACAACGAGCUGGAGACCAUCAACGGAGUGGAGCAGUUGUCGUCCCUACAGCACCUGGACUUGGCCUACAACCUGCUACUGGAUCACUCCCAGCUGGCUCCUCUGUCUAUGCUGCACAGUCUCAACAUGCUGAAUCUGAAGGGCAACCCACUGUUCUUCCAGAAGACCCACAGAACCCGCACUGUCCGCCACCUCUCCCCCAAGGCUGCCUACCUCAGACUCAGACUGGACAGCAGCCCUCUCUCCUCUUCAGAGUUGUCAGUGCUACCCAAACCGGGACAGCUGAUUGGGCAGCUUCAGUCCCAGGCCUCGCCCUUGAUCACCAGGGCUCCAGAGCGGGGUAACCAGGAAGUAGUGUCCAGCGGGGGCGGGGAGUUGAGUGACAGCCUGUCGGUCAGCGAGGUGGGAGUGUCACGACAACGCAAGAAGAAAGCCAAAAGUAAGGUGAGGGUGAGACGGGCUAGCAUCUCAGAGCCCAGUGACUACGACUAUGACUAUGAACCCAGACCACAGUCCUCUAUACAAGACAUCGUUCUCCCUCACCAGAAGGAGAUUGAACGCAUGGACAGUUUCAGGGACCAACUGGGUGAGGAUUGGCUGCGCUACCAGCAUCACCUAGAGGGGGCGCCAAUCGCCACCCUAGACAAGGCGUACAGGCCAGCUCCUCCACACCUCAACAAAAGUCUCUGUGACACCCCCUCCCCAACCAACAACCGCCCCAUCCAGGCGAGCCCCGCCACCUUUAAGCCCCCUUCUCCAGAGCUGGAAGUCCCGGAGGUUCUACCCCCACCGCUGCUCUCGUCUGAGCCCAAGGAGGAGGCCUCAGACUGGGAUGCAUAUCUGGAGACAGAGUCCACCCUCCAGUGGCCUGACCACAGCCUCGGGCACACAGAGUCCACCCUGGAGACUACUAUGGCAGAGGGACUGGGUCAGGGGUUAGAGGGGAUACCGGCGACACCCACAGACACCAGAGAAGAAGAGGAGGAGGACUUGGGAGUUGACCUGUGUCACCCCCUGCUUGUGGGAGUACUUUCAUCAUCAGAGGAGGAGGAGGGGCUGAGGAGGAAGAACAGGGCCCAGUGUCCUGUGUUCCUCAGGGUCAAGCCAAGACACAUCCUGGAGGUGGACAUGAGCAGGGGUCAGUUGCAGGCCCGGCUAGAGUUGGACAGUCUGGGGAGGUUCACCAUGUCCCAGGUCACCUGGACUGAGAGGGAGGUGGAGCGAACUCUUCCUGCGGUAGAGCUUCACUUCUGUUACAUCAGCAGAGAGAGGAGGAGGAGACGCUAUGUUAUGCUGGAUGAUGACCCCCAGGAGGCACUGCAGGCACUGACAGAGGUCCUGUCGCGGGUGGUGGAGGAGAAUGAGCGGCGGGUCAUGGAGGGUCGUCCCAGCUGUGUCUGCCUGCAGUGUCUCCGCUGUGGGUCAGAGUUCACACAGCGGGGAGGGAAGGAGGAGGAGGACGGAGGGAGAUUGAGAGGAUGGACAGGACUGGAAGAGCAGGAGGAGGAGAGGAAGAACAAGUGCAGAGAAGAUGGAUUGGGAAGUACCGUCAUCUGUCCUGAGUGUGGUAGUGAUCAUGUGGUCCAGCUGGCUGGCCAAUCAGCUCCCUCCACCAGUACGCCCGUCCAUGGUUCCCCAUGCCAAGAAGGGACUGACCGACACUUUACCUUCAACCACAGAGAUACACCUCUACCCAGUCACCCUGGCAACAAGGACCCCACCAUGGAAGAUCCUUCCUCUGCCAGGGCCAGCCACUUCGGCAGCCCUGCCAUGAAGGCCUCAACCCAGGACACUAUCCAGACCAGCAUCUCCAUGGAGGACCCCACCUCCUUCUUCUCAGCCAAGGGAAGCUCCUUCUCCUUGGGGGAGACCUGGGAGGACCAGAGCCGUGACCGGAGCCUGUCCCAACCUGCCAGCUUCUACAGUACAGAGGGCCAGAGUAAAGGAAGUAUAGCAGGGAGCUACAGCUAUGCUGUUAGUGCUACCUCACCUGGACCCCAGUAUCAGCAUGCAGAACAAGCCAGUCCUGACCAGUUGGACCUUCUCUCAGAGGACUAUGAGGCGGUGGACCAUCGGCUGAAGCUCUUCCUAGAUGUGGAGGUGUUUGAAGAGGAAGAGGAGCUCCACUCCUUUCUCAAGGUGUCGACCGUGAAGUUUGGUGAUCCGGUGGAGUUCCCCUCGUUCCUGGUGGUGUCUGACCAACGCAUCUACUUCCUGGAAGUGACAUCCGACAUGGAAGGGCAGCCUUGUGAUUGGCUGCAGAAGAGGGAGAGCCGUGGAAUCACAGAGCUGAGUUACCUGGAGGUGGGACUGGGCUCCCAGAGUAUCCACAUGGAGUUUGAGGACGGGCCUGUGGCCUACACCCUGCUAGUACGGGACAGCGUGCGUUGCAAACGCUUCUUCAGCCUCUUCACAGGAGUGGUGCGUGAGUUGGCUACCAAGUCAGACAGCAAGCUUAAGUCUAUCUCCACCACCAGGCUCAACCCACAGCAUCAUCUCUGGCCCCUAGUGUGUGAAGACAUGCAGACUGAUGUGGAGGAUGGCCAGCUACAGUUCUUCUACCUCCUGUCCUUUCUACAUCAAGGUACAUUAGAAGACCGUGUGACCCCUCUGACAGUGCUGGCCACCCGGGAAACCCUGUACCUGCUCAACGAAGACCACCAAUGGAGCAAGAGCUUGCCCCACCCAUCAGCCAAUGAGAACGGGGGACCCUGCAGUGGGCGGGUCACUGUUCAGGAGACCCAGCCAAUCAGCUGUGUCAGCUCUGUCCAUCUAUGGUCAUCUGACCCGUGCAGAAUGGACAUCAAGCUUUACGAUGAGAUAGUGAAGGAGGAGAAGACGUGGUCGUUGCACUCUGACAGUGCAGAGCUGGUGCAGGGCCUGCUGGUCUGGGUCAGAACACAAUGGGAGAACAUGUUCGGAGUCAAACUCGCCAUCACCAACCUCACCCUACCAGCCUGAGGGAAAACAUCCACCCUUCCAACUGUGUGUGUGUGUGUGCAUGCCUGAGUGUGAGUGUGGGUCUGUCUGUCUUCACUGUCAGACUUGACCCUCAAUAGGACAGUAUGUUUACCUGGUUUGUAGCCAACUAUGAUUUCCUCAUGUUUGUUCACUUUUACAAAAGCACUGAUCUGUUAACGCCUCAUCUGAAUCCCGUCCAUUUUCUAACCCUGCCAGUAUAGCCAGCCAGGGAGAGUGCCUUGUGGUGUUGCCAGUCCUGCUACGUUCUAAUGCACCUUGAAUAUGUGAAAGGGGUGAGGGGGAAUCAUGUGUUUCUUUCAGGGGGGUGAAGACAGGAUAAGGAGGGACAAAGGGUUUAAGCAAAAAUGUGAGUUGAGGGGUAAUUGUGUGUGUGUUAUCAAGGAGGUUAGUCCAUUCCUCUGAAGCUCAGUGGACUGUGACUUCAUCAGGAGUCCCGGGACUGGAACAGUGAGUUGUGACAUCACACGUUCGGCACAAGGCUCUAGCCGUCCCGUGAGGCUCCGCUCCGGACACCUCUGAUGUGACACCUCUUAGUUAUUUUCUUUUUAAUCAGGGUUUUUGAUGUCUCUAAACACUGUGAUUAUGUAAAGGAAAAGGGCAACCGAAGGCCAAAGUAACCCAAGUGAAGAGUUGCAGCCAAGGCAAUGAACCGGGACAGUAUCUGUGUUCUGUAUCCUUGGGAAAAGUGCAGAAUACGCAUGAUAGGGAAUGUGAAAGGGAAGGGUUCUGACUGACCUGUUUUAAAGUGGGAGAUGUUAGUUGGUUUGUGGCUGUCUGUUAAAUGUAUAGUCUUAUGCUAAUACCUCUAGUGCAGUUUAACUAUAUUGUGAAUGUCAAGUGAAUGCUAUUUUUGAUGUAGACAGAUGAAAAGAUGUGUUGAAGUGGACGACAAACAGAUGUGUGUAACUUAAUUUAUUUACCGUCAGCAAAUCAAUGAUAAAAAAAACUAUAGCUUUUUAUACUUUAAAUAAAAAUGCAUAUCUGUGGUACAAA